AUGUCAACCGAACGUGCCGAAGAUCUGGCAAGGAAGUUGUCGGAUCUGGUAGCCGAAGCCAGACUGGAUACCAGCUUUCUUGAUGGCAGCACACAGCACAUCUACCACAAUGGCGCCGGCGGGCAGUCAGUGCCGACGCGACGGGUCGAAAAUUGGAAUCUGGAUGCGAAACGGCCCAUCCUAGGCAGUGGUAGCUUCGGCACAGUCAGGCUUGAGCGAUGUCAGCAGUCAAGUUCCAGGAUGAGAGCCGUCAAGGAGAUCAAGAAGCACGAUCAACAACUGAGAGUGAUGGACUAUUCGCGAGAGCUAGAGGCUAUAGUCCAAUUUUCCCGGCCCCAAUACUCGCAUUGCUUCGUCCAAUCACAUGGUUGGUUCGAGAACGACUCCUCGAUAUUCAUCGCCAUGGAAUACCACCAGUGGGGUGAUCUCAGCCGCCAUCUCUAUUCGCCGCUUCCUGAAGACGAGGUCCGCCAGAUCAUCUCGCAGGUCGUGGAGGGCAUUGUCUAUAUGCAUGAGAAAGGGUUCAUACAUAGAGACCUAAAGCCAAGCAACAUUAUGGUGAUCUCAAAUGGACCUUACUGGUCCGUAAAGAUAGCAGACUUUGGUAUCAGCAAACAGAGAUUCCUCCAGGAGUCUCUCAAUACGGUUGGUGUUGGGACGAUUGGUUAUGCAGCGCCUGAGCAGAUCGGUCUUAAUAGCAACGACGUUGCUAUGAAUGAUGAUAACUCAAAGCCAGGUUUCCCUGCCGAUAUGUGGUCAAUAGGCGUAUUGAGCAUGAGGUUAUUUACAGGGCAGGUACCAUUCAAAGAUCUAACAAACCUUUCUCAAUACUUGUCCUCGAGCCAAGAAGCUCGCGCUCUUAAAUUGGAAUCGCCUUUGAAACAGAAAGGCGCCAGCAAAAUAAGUCAGAGGUUCAUUAUUGACUUAUUACAAGUCGAGCCUGAUAACAGAAUGGGCGCAUAUCAAGCUAGUCUCCAUGAAUGGUUGGCCAAGGUCGGAGAGGUCUCAGAUGACGCGCCUAACGAUGGAUCGAAUGAUUUAUCCUUGUGA